UUUCAGCCCCGCCCCAGUCUCCUUAUUAGGGGAAAGCAGGUAGAAGACUUGGAAAUGGCCACCAAACUACAACUCCCGGGAGGCGGCACGAUGGACUUAGUCGCUCUUCCAUGCGUGGUUCCGCCGCCAGUCUUCCUGGGAGUUGUAGUACCUUUGGUUUGGGCGACACAGGGUGGAGAUUAGGGCCCUUUAAGGAACCUAGUAGUACCAAUUCCAAGCUGGAACGUUGAGCCAGUUGCUAGGCAGCGGAUAGGGGAGGGGGUUCAGUGGCUGGCAGGGAGCCUGGUAGUGGGGGCGGGGCCGUCCUGGGGGGGAUCUCACAGGGACUCAGAGCAUCAGGAAAGCUAGCUAGCACCUAGCCCCCCACCCAGGGACCUGCCCAGCCUUGGGAGAGAGAGCAAACCAGGUGUGGGGGAGGAGGGGCAGAUGAGAAACUAACCAGACUGUAUGUCCCUUUCUUUCAGGGACCCUGAAAUUUGUCUCUUCCCACUCCCCACUCUCAGUGGGACUCAGUUUCCCAAGUCCAGAGGGGUUUCUGGGGUUUUAGGGACCCAGGAGUCUGAGCCCCCCAGUUCUCAUCCCCUCUGCAAUUUAGCUGUCAUGGCCCAUGUGCCUUAGCCCUUUAGAUACUCAAAAGUUUGAGGCAGAGUUCCUUGCCCUCAGAAAGCCCAGCCUUAGAGUUCCAGUUCAUGUAGGAAACUAUGAGUUUGCCCCCCCCCCCCAAUAACUCCCCAGUCUCUCCUGUUUCGUGGAGAAUCCCUUUCCCUUUUAGGUCAGGAGAGAAAGCUGCUAAUGUGCAGAAGUGGGUGGCAUAUUGACUGAGGGAGAAAUAGAGGAAGAGAGAAAGGGAGUAAAAGAGUGAGGGACUGGGUGAUUGAGGUGGAGGAAGGAGCUGAAGCUAUGAAGCUGGUGUAGGUCUAGGGGCUGAAAGCCAAGGUUUUCCCAUCAAGCUGCAGAGGCAGAAGGCAGGACUUUUCUGUCCUCAAUCCCUAAUCACAGCCCUCCAAACUAGAAAUAGAUCAGCUGAGGGAAGACAGAAAGCAAAGUGGAGGUCAAGGCCAGGGGCAUCCCAGAGAAGACAGAGGCCCUGGCUCCUUGAUAUCUGAAAGGGUCUGAUGCCAUUCUCCUGGGUCCUGAAUCGGGGUUGAGACUCCCUCUCUGAGGCAGGCUAAACUCCAAGAACGGGGAGCCUAAAUAUCCUGGGGCCUGAUUCCUGUAUCACUAGGAUGUCUCAGGACAGUGACCUGUGGAGGAAGGAUUCGAGUCUGGGCGACGAGCUGGCAGCUGUGAGGCAGCAGAAACUGGAGCAGCAGCGGCGCCUGUUUGAGAAGAAGCAGCGCCGCAAGCGCCAGGAGCCACUGAUGGUCCAGGCCAAUCCCGACGCUUCCCUGCGGCCCCGGCGGCCCCAGCGGCGGCGAGAGGAGCGCGGCCCAGGGGACCGCGGCCGGGAGAACCCCUUUCUCCUGGAGAACGUGCUGGAGGCGCACUUGCGAGCUGGCGCCCACAGUAUUCAGGGCAGCGUUAACCGUGGCGGCGACUGUGGCAGCGAACGCACCCCUCGACAAACCUUUGGAGGCGCUGACAGCUCGGACCCAGAACUGGAGGAAGUAUCGGUGGAGGACGCCCCGGUCAUCCCGUUUCCCAGCAAGGAGCUGCCUGGAACCCGGCGCCGGGGAUGGCCGGCUCGGCAGCGGCCAGGGAGAUUGGACACUCUGCGAGAAUCCAGCCCUUCGAAGACCCCAGUACACAAAACAGAGGAAGAGACAGCGGCGACGCCAGAGGAGAUGCGGGAAGAGCGAGAAAGCUCUGCAGAGUAUCCGACCGAUGAGGAGGAACUGGGAGAGUCGAGCCUUGGCUGCAGCCAAGGAUCCCAGAAUGACCUGAGGGAGAAGAGGAAGUCUAGGGGGCCAGGACCGACACCGCCUCCAGCUCAGUUUCCCACAGAGGAAGAGGUGGCGGACGGUGAGGAGAGCAGGGGCUUCGAAGCUUCGGCCACGGGACUGGAACGCGGCUCGCAGCGAGGCCUAGACCACGGUGAUUCGGUGUCCAGCAAGGAUGAGGAGAAGCAAGACGAGGUGGAGACAGGGGCGGCGACCAUAGCGCUGGAGUCUUCCGAGGGCCGCAGGGCCGGGGCUGGGGCAGGCGACAUCGGGAAAGUGCCGCACUUCCUGCCCCACGCCCCUGGCCCGCAGCCUGGCGAGGAUAUGGAGGCCUACGUGCUGCGACCGGCUCCUCGCUGCCGGACCGUGCAGUGCGUGAUCAGUCGAGACAAGCGGGGCGUGGACAAGGGCAUCUUCCCUUUCUACUACCUCUACCUGGAGGGGCCCGAUGGCAGGAAGCAUUUUCUCCUGGCUGGGCGUAAGAGGAAGCGAAGCAAGACUUCUAACUACCUCAUUUCCCUGGAUUCCACUGACCUGUCUCGAGAUGGGGACAACUUUGUGGGCAAAGUCAGGUCUAAUGUCCUGGGCACUAAAUUCACCAUUUUCGACAACGGGGUGAACCCAGAGAAGAAAACCUUCAUGCCGCAGUCUGCCCGGAUCCGAGAAGAGCUGGGGGCAGUGUGCUAUGAGACCAACGUGCUGGGAUUCCAGGGGCCUCGAAAGAUGAUAAUUAUCAUCCCGGGCAUUGAUUCCCAGAACCAAAGGCUCAAAGUGCAGCCCCAGAACGAGCAGGAAUCCCUUCUGAGCCGUCUGCAGCGAGGGGCCAGUGAAGGCCUGGUGCUUCUACAGAACAAGGCCCCAUCCUGGAGCUACGAGAGCAGAGCCUACGUCCUCAACUUCCACGGGCGAGUUACUAGGGCCUCGGUCAAAAACUUCCAGAUUGUGCACCCAGACAACCCUGACUAUCUGGUGCUGCAAUUCGGUCGCGUGGCCCCGGACACGUUCACCAUGGAUUUUCGAUUCCCUCUCUGUCCCCUCCAGGCCUUCGCCAUCUGCCUGUCCAGCUUCGAUGGGAAGCUGGCGUGUGAGUGAUGCCCCCCACCCCCGGCCCACAUGGGGCUGGUCCCCAAUAAAGCGCUAUCCUCCCCCCA